AUGCUUUUUGGACUGCCUCAAGGCCUUAAGAUCAGUGUUAGCGGCCAAAAUUUCCAACCAUCUCCUCUAACUUCUGACGAAUACCAUUCCUAUUGUCAAUUGAGACUAGGAUUACCCAUGGUUCCGAUAUCAAUCAUUGCUUUUUAUCUCAUAACUUGUCAAAAUAAAGCCUCUAUUUCUAUCUUUGUGGAUGGAUUCGCAAAUAUUAUUUACGAUAGUCCUUUAAGGGACUCCCAUACUCCUAAUUUUGUCAGUGGAGACUUCGAUUCCAUCAGACCUGAAGUUAGGAAAGCAACCAGGGUUAUAGAAACACCGGACCAGGAUGCAUCAGACUUUACAAAGGGGCCAUCUUUAAAGGCGAGCAUUGACUACAUAGUUGGCCUUUAUGGAAGUGGCGGUCGAGUAGAUCACGAAUUCGGGAUAAUAAACUCACUUUUUAUUGCUAAAGGAGUUACAACCAUCCCCGUUCUCCUUGUGACUGAGUCUUCCAUCUCCUAUGAUGACAUUCUCGAUUUUAAAAAGCUGAUCUCAACUUCGAAUCAGACUAUCGACACAAAGGUGGAGGUAGUUUCCAGCGACUUACUGCUAUGGUCCAUAUCAAACUAUUUAAUCGAAAUAAUUUAG